AUCUGCGAUUCCAAAAUACGUGGGUUGUGUGCAGUUUCUCGAAAAGAAAAACCCACCGCGGUUCGUGUGCAGUGUAAAAAAGUGUUGGAAUGAUUUGUGCAUCCCGUGGUAUCGGGUGGUGAGCAGGGAGAAGUCCUUGCUGCAUAGAAGGAAUCAUCUGUGUGCUGUGAUGAGAUAAAGAAAAUUGGGUGCUUCGUUCUUAUCAGGGUGGGCCAAGUUUUGGAAGUGAUUAUUGUGUAAUACUUCGGGAAUUUAUGUUAUCGGAGUCGGUCUAGGUGAAUCGAAAAAGGCUUAGGAAGGUGAUAAAUAAGUGGUUCUGCUGUACCAAUGGUUUGUUCAUAAGAUGCUCAGUGAUGGUGGAGGUUCCGAGCGGGAUCAUCUUUUGCAUUGGUUGAAGCAGCUUCUAAAAACUUCGAGAAGAUUGGUGUAACAUGUUCGUGAAACAGACGGUUUUGGGCUCGACAGUUUACUGUAAAGCCUCACCGGAUCCCGGAGAUCUCUCACUCUUUCCUUCGUGCUCCCAAGCCUGUCCGAGGUUCGCUCUCCUGCUUCACAAAUUCUCGAGAACCAUCAAAAGUUGCGUCGGCAGGAACGUGGAAGGAAAACUUUAGUCCAUAAUUUCACACCCGUUUUCGUGCCGGGAACGACGAGUAGCCGGCCACCUCCUCCUCCUCCUCCUGCUCCAGCGCGGUUGGUGUGUUCGAAAACAACACCCAAGGGAACGGGAACGGCCGCGCAUAUAAACCGUAUAAGAUAAAACGUCCAGCUAGAAGUCGAUUUCUCGUUCCGACUCGGCACAGUUGAACGCGGGUGCGGGAGAAAACGAGAGGUAACGGGGCACAAAAAGUGGAAAAACAACAACCAAAAAUCCAGCAGAAAUUGCGUCGUUCGCAGCAAAACGAACCAGUCGAGCUUCAAAGUUAUUACGCAGUAAAGAUAGCACCCGGCGCGAACCCAAACCCAGCGUCGCUGGCGCGCAACUCGUUGCAUCGUAUCCGUACCGGCGCUGUUCCAUCCAUUUGAGGUGAGGUGAAUAAAACAUGAGUCUCUUCAGUGGCCCCGGUGCCGUCGGUGUAACAACGGUUGGCACAAUCGCACAAUUGGACUCCAUCGAGCGCUGCUACCCCAGCUGACUGGGUGCUGGAACGAUCGAAGCAAUACGCUGCGAGCGUGUUAAGUGUUAAGUGAGGACUUAGGAAACGAAGGAUUAUACAUUGGACGUAAGAAUAUUGGACCACCGCAUCAGCAUCACCAUGGGCAAGAUAAACGCCAGUCACAGUAACUACUGUUACGAUAGUAUGCUGAAGCGUUCGGAUGAUAAGUAUCUGAGAAGCUGCAGCGCCACGGCGGAAGAAGCAAUCGACGAGGUUGAACGGAAUCACUCGAACGUGUCCCAGACCGGAGAAGGUGAGACGUGCGAACGGAUGAAACGUAAAUCCGAGUGGUACAAGGACUCGCAGAACGAGGACGACGACGAUGACAACAGUGAGGAUGACGAGCGCGUCGAAGAUCAACAUCAACAUUACCGCCAGGAUGGUGGCGACGGUGUCGAGCGGAUUGACGAACACCGGCUGGUGUACCGCGCGGAAGGGAACGCCAACAUUGUCCUCUCCCUGUCCGACAACAAGCACGUCCUCCGGAUGCGCAAAUCCACCAUCGUGACGCGGGAAGGCAAGGUCGAAACCAACGUCGACCUUCGGCGGUUCGUGAAGUACUCGCUGGCAAUUUCGCAUCAGUUCUCGGCCUGCUACGUACCGACGCCCAAGCUGGCUCACCUCAACACGUACAACCUGCAGGCCUUCAAUGAGCAACUGAGACGCUUUCGGCCCGCGACCCGGCUUGGGAAGGAAAUCCGCGAACUCGAUGGCAUUCUUUAUCCCGACGUAGCUUUCCUACCGAAGUGGUUGUCUCCGGCACCGGAUCGCGAUUUCAAUCAGGAAUGUAAAAUUUCCACCACAAACAUCACCCCGACCCACUUUCAGACGUACUGUGUCGAGAUCAAGCCGAAGCAGGGAUGGUUCUCGUACGAAUUCUGUGAUAACAUUCCCAUUCCGGAGCUAGCCAGUGGCGACCUUCGGAAGUGCCGUUACUGUUUACAUCAAUAUUUAAAGCUCCAAAAGAAAUCGAUAGCCAAAAUUAGUAAAUACUGUCCCUUGGAUCUCUACUCUGGUAAACCCAUACGUGUUCUCCAUGCCGUGAAAGGCCUUAUCGGUGCCCCGCAGAACAAUUUCAAGAUACUGAAAAAUGGCAAGGUCGUGUACGAUGAUAAGUGCGAGAAGUCGGUGUUCAAUCGAAUCCUGAAGGAGAUGUUUCCCCGCGAUGGUCGCACAAAAGAAGAAAGGAAAACAAUCUUCAUGAAUCUGAUUAAAGAAAUCUUGCUGAAGGACUUUUCCACAAACGACGAAAAUAGCGAUCGAAAGUUGCUAACGAUUAGGAAAGAUCGCAAGAAGAAAGACAAAAAUCAGCUUCACGAACGAGCUUGCAAUGCCGUCAGUCAACCGUUUCUCACCGAAAGCUGUGCCCUACGCCAAAUCCUCGACGUUCAGCUGCUCGUGAAGUCAAGCAUUGAUCACCUUGGCGCGUCUAAAUUCGGCAAAUCAUCAUUAGUAUCCACGACGUCGUCGUCAUCGUCGCCAUCGUCGACGGAUCCGUAUGGUUAUAUUGAUGAAAUGUAUGAAAAGUAUUUAGACUACAAAGAGGACACAGCGUACGGUAGUCGGAGGAGCGACGGCAGCAGUAACAUCAGCAACGGCUCCGAUUCCGAUGCAAACACCUGGCCAUCCCAAGGCGCGGGCGAACAGUCGAAACUGUUCUGCACCGAAUACCUGUCCGAGAAGGAACAGUAUCAACUCGGGGCAACUGCCCUGGACUGCUCGAUCAUGAUCACGUUCCGUCGGCUGGUAGGAGACCGUGCCGAAGAGGACAGCUUGUCCGCCACAGCUCGGAAUCACAUCGUCACCAUCGAGGGCAUGAAGUUUAUGGUGAACGUGACAAUAACCGAUCUGGACCCAAAAUCGCACAAACAUUACACCAAGUACGUCGAACAGCUCGCGACAUCCGUGGUCGCUUACCGAGACUUUAUGAGCAAACUGAGGCGCUAGAACGGGCGCCCAGGACAAACUACUCCAUCCGGUUAAUGGUUCUAAAACUUAUAUACGCAGUCAGUCGCUCAGAAUUCUGUGCAACAUGAACCGAACCUCAGAUGAAAAGCAAUAACACGCAUAUGUAUUUCCUGAUCAAUGUAACUAGGGCCGGCGUGGCUCAUCUGUUUCUUUUUUAAAGCAAAACUCUCUACUAGUGGUGUAAGAAUAUUUAUGAACACUUACUAACACAGAAUUCCCUAUACGCGCCACAGCAAUAGACAAACGGUUUUACGUGGCAUAUGAACAUACUUUAGCGGAUAAGUUAUGAGUGAGUGUGCUUGUUUCUUUUCAUAGGCGGAUGUUUAAGCAUUUACAAACUUCUCCUGACAAAAGCACAAGCGACAAGGAAAGAUUAAAUACAGGAAAAGACGUGCAAACACGUGACUGUUAGUUAGGAAUAGGUCACGAUGCUCGAGGAUAGCGUUAAAAUUCAUUCAAAAAUAAGUAUGAACAAUGGCUACAAAGCAGCAAGUAAGUACGGAAAAGAAAAGCACGAACUGUUAACUGUUGUUGGAAGAUUAUAUUUACGUUUCCUUGUUAGGGAUUAACUGAUUGCAAAGCACUCGCACAGAUGACUCGAUAAAGUAUUUGGACACUUGUAUUUUUACUAGGGAAAAAGAUGAUGGAAAACUUAGCGAAACUUCGCCUACUUCGACUUUAUAUACAAACAACCUACAGAAGAGACAUGCUAUUGCCAAACGAAACCAACAAUUUCCUUACUAACUGGGUGCUCAUCUUUAAUGUGCCGUACCGUUUCGAUUGCUUUAUUUAUGAACUUAUUUAUUUCCACUGACGCAUUAUAGGGCGUCGUAUAAUUUAAGUAUUUAUGACUUCCGAUUCAUCGUAAAAGUGUAAUGUUUAGUUUAAAGAUAGUGCUGAUAAGUGCAACCGAUUUACUUUUAUCUCCCACUGUUUGUCUUAUAACCCGUUUUAAGAUUCAAUUUCACACUUUACCUUUAGCGGGGAUUAUACAGAGCGUUUUUCGAACCAAUUUUAUGUGCAGUAAGCGAAACCCUGGUGGUCAUAUUUAUAGCGUAGACACGCAUCUUUGUGCGCAUUGGAACAAAAGUCUGGAUUGUAAAACGUUUCCUUACUCAACACGAUGUAGAAGAAAGUGUGUUUAGCUAAUUAUUUUAUUGAAAAAAAAGUUUCUUCAUCAAUCGUAUCGAGGGUAAAGAGGGAAGAUGGGAGGACGCAUAAUCUGUUAAGGUGCAUUUGUACUAUCGAAACUGACACAUUUCUCUACUGUAUUCAGUAAGUUUCACUCGGUAUGGCAUGCGUUUAAGACAAAGGAACAAUUUCAGAAGUAUUUAUAUUUAAC